UGCAUCAGCGUAAAUUCGUCAUUGCACAAAACCAAGAUAAAGGCUUCGAUGCACCAUAAAUAAGAGAGAUACAGAUAAUCCGCUAUUCACUGUUGUUGUCUUCGUCAUUCACAGAUAAGAAACAUGUUUCAGUAUGUAUUAAUUCGGCGAUAAAUCUACAAAAGCAAGAUAUUUAGAAAAAAUGGAUAUUUUCAUAAAAUUACUACUACUCGUGCUUAUUAGCACAUUGACAACGAUAUUUUUUUCUUAUAUUUAUUUUGCGUAUAUAUUGGAUGUAUAUUUUCACUUGUUCUUUGACAAUGUUCAAAACAUGCAACAAUAUGAUUAUAUUGUUGUUGGUGCUGGUAGUUCCGGUGCAAUUCUAGCAACACUUUUAGCAGAGGAUAACAAGUAUAAUGUAUUACUGUUAGAAGCAGGUGGUGAUCCACCACCUUUUUUUGACAUACCUCUUAUUGCACCGAUGAUUCAAAAAACCCCUUAUGAUUGGCAGUACAUUACCAUUCCUCAAGAGCAUGCAUGUAAGGCUUUAAUUAAUAAUCAAAGCAGAUGGCCUAGAGGUAAAAUUCUUGGAGGAACAAGUCGUCUAAAUUACAUGGCUUAUGUAUUGGGACAUUGGAUGGAUUAUGAAAAAUGGUUUCCAGACUUUACUGAGGCAGUUGCGAAAAAUGAUGAUUCAGUAAGCAUCAGUGAAUUAAGAUGGAAUUCUAUGUUUGCUGAUAUAAUUUUAGAGGCAUUGAGAGAGUUGAAACAUGAUGUAGGAAACAUAAAUUUACAAUUGAGCACAGGUUUCAUGAAAGCUCAAUUGACAAUGAAAAAUGGCAAAAGGUGGAGUUCAGACAAAGUACUAUAUCAGAAACGUAACCACGCUCUGACCAUACUUACUCAUGCAUAUGUCACCAAAAUAUUAGUGAAUUUGGAUAAAGCUGAGGGAGUUGAAUUUAUCAGAUUUAGUGAGAAAUAUAUUGCAGUAGCAAAUAAAGGAAUUAUUCUAACUGCUGGUGCUAUUGAGAGCCCUAAAUUGUUAAUGUUAUCUGGAAUUGGACCAAAAAAGCAUUUAGAGGAUUUGGGUAUUAACGUGAUCAAUGAUUUGCCGGUUGGUCAGUCUUUGAUGGAUCAUAUACUAACCGGUCUCGAUUUGAUUAUGCUUAAUGCAAGUCUUGGAUUGAAUCUCUUCGAUAUAUUUAAUCCUAUGUCAGCCUUCGAAUAUUUCCUUUUUGGAAAAGGACCAUGGACGUCAGCAGGUAUUGAAGUAUUGGGGACAUUUCACAGCACUUUACAUAGAAAUAAAUCUACAAUACCAGAUUUGCAAUUAAUGAUAUUACCUCUGGGGGCAUCUAAAGACUAUGGCUUCAUUUUUAAAAAAGCGUUGGGAAUUUCUGAUGAGGUUUACAGCAAAUAUUUUGCUUCUCUUUCGUAUGAAAAUACAGUAACAAUUGCACCUGUUUUAUUACAUCCUAAAAGUAGCGGUGAAUUACGAUUGCGAAGCAGCAAUCCCUUUGACAAACCGCUAAUUGAUCCCAAGUAUUUAUCAAAUGAAGACGAUAUCAAUACUCUCAUAGCAGGUUUAGAUUUUGUGAAGAAACUUUUAAAAACGAAUGUUUUGAGAGCUCAUGGUGCGUCUCUCAAUCGAAAAUCUUUCCCUGGUUGCGAAAACCAUGUAUUUGAUACUAAAGAAUAUUGGAAAUGUUAUGUACAACAUUUAACAUUGACGUCUUACCAUCCAGCUGGUACAUGUCGCAUGGGUGACGUUGUUGAUGCAUCAUUUAAAGUUUACAAUAUGAAAAAUUUAUAUGUCGUGGAUGCAUCGAUUCUUCCAUCGCUACCAAGCGGAAAUAUCAAUGCAGCUGUGAUUACAUUGGCACAAAAAGCUGCUCGUAUCUUUAAAGACGAGCAGACGAAAGAAAAAGACAGCCUAAGAAAACAGUACAAGUCAUACUAUAUUUGUUAUGUAUUUAAUAUUUGUUAGCAUAUGUAAAUACAAAAAUAAAACUUACAAUUAAAUUCUCAUUCUCUUAUUGAUAUUGAUGUAACGAUGCACGUACAAAUUAUUGAUUGUUAUUGAUAUAAAGAUACAUUUAUUGAUGUAAUAAUAACCAGAAAUAAAUUCUGUCUGUGUGAUUGAACAUCAAUGUUAGUAGAAUAUGUGUGUUUUUGUAUGCAAUUAAUAGGUAUGUUUUUCAGGCAAUAUAUAAUUUUUGCUUAAUAAAUCAUUUUAUAUUAAUUUA